AUGUAUGUUGGAGGAGUGCGGCCACAGCCACCACCAUCCAAAACAAAGCCGUUCAGAGGCGGCCACAUCAUUGUCCUUCAAGAUCCAAGGACAUUGUUCAGCAAACCAGAUAAGAAGAAUGGUCGUGGGAAGGGCCUCAUCUGUCAGAGGUUCAAUGAUGAACAAGCGUUUGACCCCAGAGGUGUCAAACUGCCUCUGCUGAGCCAACAACAGAAGAAGCCCAAGAGGAAUGCACGGGAGAAAGAGCGCGUCACAGAUCACCAACAUCAUGACCGUCUGGAGGUCUGGCAGCACGUUUCUGAGCUCAGGGAACAUGAUUGGAAGAAUCAUCCACAGAUUUACAACAGCGAGGAAAUUCAGCAGCUACUGAGGGAAAAAGAAGAACAAAUGGAGGAGAGAAAAAGAAGAGAGAAAAAGAAGCUGCAGAAAGAAACCCACGCCUUUUUAUCCUCCCUAAAAGAAUCCACGAUGAAAUCAAUUGCGAUAGCAGAAUCAGAGGCUGAAGAUCUGGUCAUCCUCGAUCUGAAGUAUGAGAAAGUGCGCAAAGUAUUGAAGCAUGUGAUGGAAGAUAUUGAAAGUGACCUUCAGGAUAAAUCAGUGGCUUUAGAAGCAAACAAAGGCGUCCCAUCAAAGCAGAAGAAGAUAUCAAAAGAAAUCGCUAGCGACACCGAGAGACUGAAAAAGCUGCAGCGGAAGAUGGAGAAAGAAAAGGAAAAGGAGAGAGAAAACACGAUGAUGCUUGAGAAGGUUACUACCAAGUUGACAAACCUAAGAGAUACCUUGGAGAGUCUUGAAAAGA